UUGUAUAGAUAUCCUUCAGUUAAGCCAUUCCCAACAAGUGACUGCAUUUUUUCUAAUGUAUCCACACCAUUAAAGUCUACACACGCAACAAAAUGCACAGAUCUGCAUAGAAUGCACAUAACUUGGAACUUGUUUGAAUGUCUACUUGGACUCGGUGGCCGAAGGGUCUGUUUCCACGAUGUAUCUUUCAAGGUGGGUAAAGCCCCGGGACGCGCGUGCGCGGAAGGCACGAGCCGCUGCCGUUGGCACCACGCGGAGGAAUGGAAUGACCGACGGUUAAACCAGAGGCUCCGGGGCUCCGCUGAAGGAAGCACCGCCAACAUGGACAACAAACCUAAAUAUGUGUUGGAAAGCCCUUCGCCAGCUCUCGGGUGGGGCAUGCCUUCGAAGGCGUCCCCGUCACUCUCUGCAAAGUCGUUAGAGUCUGCCGACAAACCGACGAGUAUUAAGAGUGAACAAUCCUCCCAGCAGAGCAUUCACCGACUCUCAGCCGUGCCGGCUCUCACGGAGAGGACCGCUCGCCUCAGCUCCACCGCACGAGCCCAGGCUAUACGCUUGCCGUAUGGAGCCUACAAGAGGUAUCUGAGCAAGAUGGAGUUGCAGAUUGAGAGCGGGCCCAAAUGGUUGUGGAUCCAGCGUAUUUUCGUGGGCUAUAUCGUGGUCAGUUUGGUGUGCAUGCUGGUGACAGCCGUGGCGUUCAUCAUUCAGACCCCCGAGUGCAAACCUCCUCCCAGACUGAAAUGGUGGCAGACGGGACCUAUGUACCGCAUUGCACUUCAGUCCUUCCGCGACACCAGUGUGGAUGGAAUUGGAGACCUGCGUGGAAUUCAGCGGCAGUUGCAUUACAUCUCAGAGCUGCAUGUAGUUGCUCUUAUCAUUGUACCUCUUACUAAUGUGAAUGGGUCUCGGGUAUCAAAUGUUUCAAGAUCAUUGAAAGACAGCUUCGGUGAGGAACAUGACCUUCGUCCUUUGUUAAAAGCAGCUUCAAGAUAUGGUAUUAAGAUUAUCUUUGAUCUUACCCCAUCGGUCGCAACUCAUGAAAAAGAUUUUUGGGCUAAUGUUAACAGUGAAGCUGACGUUAUGGACCAUUUAUUGGCAGAAUUUAAUUACUGGUUCAAACAUGGAGUGGAUGGAAUAUUCAUCAAAAUGAAAACUUUCAGUUUGCAACAAAUCGAGAUUAUAGAGAUUCUGAAAAAAUGGAAAAGAUUAGCCAAAAAAUACAGUACAAGUUCGAAAAGAAGAAUAUUUGUUGUGGCUACUAGACAGGAGGAACAUGACUACUUAAUUUCACUCCUUAGGAAUGUUCAUGGGGAGAUGCUUUUUAUUUAUUAUCUGAAUAUUUUAACAAACAUUCAUGCAACUUCCUCAGCAAAGACAUUGGAAAAUUAUCAUCGCAAUGUUGAGAAUGCAUGGUGCGGCUUCAUUUUUGGUGACGCACAUAUAGCAUCUAUGAUGCUUCAAAAAUCGCAUGGAAUUCAUUUCAAAUUGUAUUCAAUGCUUUUAUUUACAAUACCUGGGACUCCAACGUAUUAUUAUGGUGAUGAGCUUGCUCUCAAAGACGAUAAGACUACUACAAAACCUCUAAUGCGGUGGGACAAAUCUAAAUAUGCUGGAUUUUCAAGAAGUGAUCCUUGGAUUUUACCCAAUACGGAUAAAUUACCACCACCCGUUAUUGAACAGGCUACAGAACCAUUAUCGGCAUUGUCAUUGUAUAGAAUGCUUGGAGAAAUAAGAAAGGAAGAACCACCACUACAGUAUGGUGACUUCCACCUUAUGAUAAAUACAACAACAGUCCUUUCAUAUAUAAGACAGUGGGAUCGUCUAGGAAUUUUAGUUAUCCUGAAUUUUGGUGGUCAAUAUACUUUUGAUUUUACUGCGAUAUAUCUACCACAAACUGCUCUUCUACUAGCAAAGUCAACAGAUAUGAGCCAAUGUAAAUUAGUAAAUUUGCAUGAUAUGAAGAUAGAAGCAAACAUGGGAUACAUACUAAAAUACUUCAUUUCACCUUAGUUCUUGAUCUAUGAUAUAACAUUUAUAUGAACAAUAUAUUAACUAUAUCUAUGAAUAGUGCAAUGUUAAAAAGCAAACAUGCUAAUUGCUUUUCAUACCUUAAUUGAAAAUGAUGGAAGUAUCAGGUUGAUUUACUUUUAGGUUAGAAAUUUGAAUAAUAUCAGUUAUAUCAGUUGAAUUUAUUUCUGUAUAAAGUAUUCUGUUUUAUGUGUUAGCAUUUUUUUUUAAACGAUCAAUCUCAGAAACGGAAUACAACUUGAGAAGAAGUGCAUUUUCUCCUCUGGCGAUAGGAAUGUGCAAAAUGAAAGGAAAUCUGUUGACGCGUUCAAACUCGCUUUCAUGAUUCUUAAAAGCAAUUAAAAUUUCCUCUUUAGUCAUGCAGAUCAAGUUUAUAUUAUUUGUAUCCAUUUCAAAGAUGUUGAAAGGGGCAUACUUUCACCACAGCAAUUGUUAUUCUGCUAUAAUGAAGAUAGAUAACAGGUAUAUGGACCCAGCCCCCAGAGGAGGUAGUUGAGACAUACACUA